AUGUCCUCUCGCAUUCAUCCCCAUUCCCCGUUACCAGCCCCGGCCAUGCAUACCACCAACGUCGCCGCACAGUCCAAGUCGUACGUUCUUGCAGGCGUACAGGACGCCUAUUGGAGCGACGAUGAAGCUGAGGACGCUGAGUGCCCCUUGUGUCUCGAAGAGAUGGACAUUUCCGACCUCAACUUCAAGCCUUGCCCAUGCGGUUACCAGAUAUGCCGGUUCUGCUGGCAUCACAUCAAGGAGAAUUUGAACGGCCGCUGCCCCGCCUGUAGGAGGGAGUACACCGACGAAGCUGUACAGUUCAAGCCCAUCAAUAAAGAAGAUCACAAGCGCUUGACCCAGCAGAAGAAACAACGGGAGCGUGAGCGCAAGGAGCUAGACGCUUUGAAUCGGCGCCACCUUGCCAAUGUGCGCGUCGUGCAGCGCAACGUCGUUUAUGUUGUUGGUCUCGGGCCGAGGUUCGCGAAGGAAGAGCUUAUACCAACCCUGCGCUCGAACGAGUACUUCGGGCAGUAUGGAAAGAUAUCCAAGAUCAUCAUCGUCAAGCGGACUCCACCCGGUGGGCGCGCUCCUGUGGUGGGACUGUAUAUCACCUACAACCGGCGUGAGGAUGCCGCGCGUGCCAUUUCAUCCGUGGAUGGCGCACAGUCUCCGGGCGGAGGAAGUGAUAUCAUGAGAGCCAGCUAUGGGACGACCAAAUACUGCAUGGCGUUCCUACGUGGCGUUAGUUGUCCCGAUCACAGCUGUAUGAAUCUUCAUGAGUGGGGAGACGAGAAGGACUGUUUCACGAAGGAGGAUUUGACGACUCUUAAACACACCAUGAAGGACACUGAAACACGAUCGAGAACUACCACUGUCAGGAAAGGCGACGAAUCUGAAGGUCUGCCUCGUGGAGCAUCGUGGGCUAGCAAGGGGACAACUGCGCUUGCUAGCUUGACACUGCAGAAUAAUACCAACCAGUCUACCGCUUCUGUUCGACCCACCCGGCGGGCCGGUGCGAAUCCAAGGCAGCAACGUCCAGGAUCCUCGACGGUUACUAUGCCGAAUGCUGAGAUUCGUGCUGGUAGAGACCGAAAGGGUGGCUCAAUAGGUACUAAGGCUCCUUCGCAGGCAUCCUCGUCUCGCCCAGCAACGCCUGCAAGUACCACACAAUCGAACCGGCCUCUCACACCAGCAGUGACGAAGAUAGCGAGGCUGAAGGAACAUGUCCCUCCACAUUCGCAUCCAUAUCCACAUCCACAGCCGGCUCCUCGAUCGCCGACAUCCUCUGUUGCGGUUGAGUCCGACGUGGGAUCGUCCGGACGUGACGUUGAACCCACGGCGUCACCUGUACAAUCUCUUGCCAACGAGGUACCCACUGUUCCACCUGGUAUCUCUGUUGUACCCCCCCGUCUUUCUAUCCCCCCCGGUCUGCCACCACCAACUAGACCGCCAACAGACGUACCCCAGGUUGCCCUCCAACUCUCCCAAUCAUCUUAUCAGAUGUCUACGCAGGCCCAGGCACUCAUGGAGGACAUCAAGGCAAGGCGUGAGCUGCCUGUGACUGCAGUCACGCAGAGUCCCUUCCCCGAUUUCGAUCGAAUGCUGCAGACGCUCAGUGGCGCUGAUGGUGAGUAUGGCGGCUUCAGCUUUAACCUCGACCCAGCCCUUGCAGGUGAUGUCGCCCAGGACGUACCGCUUCCGGAUCUGGAGGCUGAGUCCACCAUUCAGUUCAACGGCUCAUUCUUUGAUGCUUUCCCUGCGCUGAGACAAGGUGGACCGUCGACUUCGAACCCUCUCAUGCCUCCACCUGGUCUCACCUAUCCUCAGCUUUCUCAUCGCUCGAUAUAUGAUCCCUUCGCAGCAGCGAGAGCUCCAGCGCUCGAGCGACAGUCUUCUGGCAGCUCUGGCUACACUGGAUCAUUCAAUCCUUUCGCGUCUGAGAGCAAUGAGGAACCGCCGUCGCGACGGUUCUCUCCGUUGGACGAGGAAAGGAAGGUGUCUCGCUUUGGAUUUGCUCGAGGACGGCAGGGUUCUACGUCAUCUUCGCUGCACGCCCCUUCGCCUCUCGGUAACGCGGACAACGUGUCGCAUUCGUCUUUCUACAAUUCGGAAUUGUCCUCGCCCGCCAGCCGGGCUCCUCCGCAGUGGCCUUUCCAAGCGCGUCACCAAGCCCCCGAGUACACUCAUCCCCAGAGCAGCUCUGCGAUGAGUUCUCCACUGGUGCAGCACGCGCAGGCCCAGUCCACUUUUGCCCAGCAGCAGAGCCGGUUUCCGCCGUACGACAAUGGGGUGAGCGAGGCGCAGCUGCGGGAUCUCAUCACUUCUAGUGCAAAUAUGCGGAACGGGUCGUCUGAUCAAUCCGCGUACAAUUAUGGUUCAAGCCAGCCGUUCCACGACCCCGCAAUCAUGUCCGCGAGGCUCGCGUCGCCGACCAUAGCCCGCAGUGUCCAUGAUGCGUACUCAAAUCCUCCUUCUGCGGUUGAAAGUUAUUCGUCGCAUCAUCUGGCAUAUGGUCUUCCCCCAGGUCUGCAGUAUCCUGAUGCUUCUGCGAAUCGUGUCGGUUAUGGAACAGGCAGUGGCCCAUCGACAAAUAUGGAGGUAUCGCAGAGUAGCUCGGCUCAGGUCUCGACGUCUCCUUCUCUCGCUCCUUCCCCUGCCUUAUCCUCUUCAGACUUCCCGGCGUUGUCCGUGGUGGAGCAUUCCCUUCGUCGCGAGCAACAGUCUGACCCGGCUUUCGCUGGCGACGUCUCAGUCCUUGACGUGGAGGCACAAGCCAAAGCCGAGCGUAAAGCUGCGAAGAAAGCUGCUGCAGCAGAACGUGCUGCAGAGCGAGCCCGCAUCGCGCAAGAGAAAGCUGUGGCAAAGGCAGCGGAGAGAGAGCGGAUCGCGCAGGAGAAGGCCGCGGAGAAGGAGAGAGCAACUGCGCUGAAGGCCGAGAAGGAGAGAGCUGACAAGGAGAAGGCGGAAAGGGAGAGGGCCGAACGGGAGAAGGUGGAACGGGAGAAGGCAGACAAGGAACAGGCUGCGAGAGAGGCCAAAGAGAAUGCUGAUCAGGCCGCGCAAGCUAAGAAGGCCGCUACUAUGAAGGAAGCGAAGAUUCCAGCCACGGCGAAACUGUCCAAAGCUGUGGAUCCCUCUGCCUUAUCCGCAGUUCCUUCUAGGGCUGCUACUCCGGCGGAGAAGACUCCUACACAAGCGGAUGUCCGGAAUCGACGAGUGCAAGUAGCGAAGCUCUCGCCAGCUGCCGUCACGCUCUCCGAGCCUGCUACUCAGGUACCCAUUCUGUCGAGGAUGCCGAAGAAGAGUAAGCCUAUCGCUAAGCCCAUCAGGAUUCCCAAGGAGGAACCAAUUGCGGACACCACAUCUUCUCUCACAUCUGCAGCGACCUCUGACGCUCCCCAGUUCCCGGACACGCUUACACAGGAGAGCAGUUCCAACAACUCUCGGGCCGGUUCUCUUGAUAGAACGGUUCCUAACCAGCCGACCCCAUUGGAGACUCUCGUGGCCGAGAUUAACGUGCAGCUUCCGUGGAUGGAGAUCUCGAAGCACCCAUUCUUCGACUUGCAGAAGAUCAAUCCUGCUGCAAAGAUGCCUCUGGAGUACGGCCCUCUCGUUCAUGCGCUGUCGGCUCUCUCAGUUGGUGGCGGUUCUUUCGCUAACAAUAUGCCGUCAGGUUCUAUCGACAACGCAGUGUCAUCGUUUCAGCAGCUGCUCGAGACGUUGACUCAGACAAUUUCUGACUUGCUCCGACUCUUGCCGCGCAAGACGUGGGACGAUAAUUCGUCCUUUGAUGGUGUUCUUAGGGACAUGUUGAAGGGCGAUGACUUCUUGGACGACGGCGGUGAUGACCAGGACAGCCAGGGCAAGGACGAUGAGGUGGCUGCCUUGACCCUUGCCCUGGAGCGUCGGGCACGAUGGAUGGAGGUGCAGCUCGCGAAACUGGAGGAAUUGCAUCGUGACAUCAAUACCGCGGCUGUGCGUGCGAUCCUGUCUUUCAAUGACAGCGGCUGGGAUGCGCACGGAUUCCUACCGCGUGUGGGCAACUCACUGCAGCGUUUCGACCUGAUCGGUCUGGCCGUCAGCAAGGAUGGUGUCUUCCGACCCAUGACCGCGGACGAAUUGGAAAAGAAGAUGAUGGUAGCGAAGGAGGCGGAGGUAUUUGCAGAGGCAGAACUGCGGGAGGCCAUGCAAAGAAUGCAGGAUCUGAAGCCGACGGAGAAUGGAGAUUUUUGA